GGGAGUGGCCAGUUAUGUGGUAUGGCAGAAAUGACUGGCCCAGUGGAUUUUCACAGAGAUGUGGAUUUCGAUUUCCGGCUGCGAGAUAAACGGAGUGGAAGCUUUCCGGUGAAGUGGCACUUCAUAAAGGAUUUGGCAAACUUAAAAAAUUUUAGGUUCACCAUAUUGCACAACAGUGAGAACAUGCCAAGGACUGACAACAGAGACAUACAAAGGUUAAGCUACAAGAAAGGUCUGCGGAUGCAUAACAUAUUCAAGCGCCGUACGUCGACAACAUCCCUACUCGACUCAACUGGAUGCGAGAAAUCUCUCCAAUGAGUAGGGGCGGAUCCUGGAUUCAUCUUUAGGGGGCUGAAUUUAUUAUCGUGUCACGUUUUUCAUUGAAUUUCUGCUGCUUUAUACUGUGUAGUGUGGAGUGUUGUCGACGCAUUUUGUACAACAUCGUAUUUCAGACGAAGCAACACUUUCAAGAACAUUUCUUCCUUUCCAUCAAUAAUCUCAAAAUGGA